GGUGCGUGACUACCCGUGUCAUAAUGAGUCGUCGCGUCGGCCUGAGGCUGCGUAGACAACUCUCUUUCUCACAACAUGGUCGAUGAUGUAGAUGAGCCAUUCUUCGCAAGCGAAGGGAGCGACGAGGAGUUUGAGUGGGAGGAGGUCCACGUUCCGGAAGAGCAGCCAGCUAACCAAGAGCUCGAACUUGAACUUUCCGGCCCUUCACGAUCUAUUGAAAUAACUCUUCAUGCACAGCCCAAAAAAGACGACUCGAAGAAAAAGGCUGCUGCUGCACUGCAUGCCCACAGAGUUCUCCGCACGACCUGUCACAAGAUCCACACCGUAUGCCUUCUUGCCAAUGCACGGGUACGAAAUAGGUGGAUAAAUGAUGAGCUUCUCCAUGCUCGUCUGCUAUCCAUGACGCCGAUGAAUCUCCAGAACGCAUUCGCCAUGAUUCAUAAGUCUCACGUUCCCGACCAGAACAAGCGCGGUCGUUUGUUUGAAGCCGCUGUCGACCGUCUCGUAGAUUGGUGGACUAAUACAUUCUUCACUGUCCUUCCGACCGGUCAUAUCAGGAAUCGGACAUUCGAAGAGGUUCAGCAAGAAAUUGAAACUAAAUUUAAUGGAUCACCGUCCGGCGACGACGAUGCGGAAGGAACGGAGCGCGUUCGAAGUGUCAACAGUCUCAUGAAACGUGCUUUGAUGCAGAGUGGUUCCCGAGAUGCCAGUGCACAGCUUUUCACAGCUCUAUGUCGGGCUCUUGACAUUCCGGCUAGACUUGUGGUUAGUUUGCAGAGUGUUCCAUGGAGGUCCAGCGUUGGAAAACAGGCAAAACCGUCAAACAAGGGGAAGGCGCUAAUGACAUGUGAAGAUGCAGAGAAUGGGUCGCACGACGACGGGAACAGUGAUAUAGAGGAAAGAGAUUCCUCAAAGUCUUUCCAGCAGGGCAAGACGAGACUGCGAAGCGUUAAGGGGAAAGAGAAGGCACACCCAGUCAUAAAACUGCGCAAGAGCAAGAGCAAACCCACUACCCAGCGUAGUACUCCAGUUUCGGUUGGAAGAUCGAAACCGUCUGACCCAAGUCUCACGCCGCCGGUGUUUUGGACCGAAGUCUUUUCACGUGCAGAUUCUCGAUGGCUUCCAGUUGACCCUAUCCGUGGCAUCGUUAAUAAGCGGCAUGUCUUUGAUCCUUCGGGGCCUCAGCCUGCAGAGUCCAAGGCGUCACGAAUAGAAGAUAACCGGAUGCUCUACGUGGUUGCGCUGGAGGAAGACGGCUUUGGCCGUGAUGUGACGGCCCGCUACGCUCGGGACUACACAGCAAAGGUGUCGAAGGCUCAAGGAAUUGGAUCCGGUCCUCCAGGAGGGCGUAAGGAAUGGUGGGCGAGGGUAGUGCAAGCCAUCACCCGACCGUAUCGCCUCAAUAGAGACGAUCUCGAAGAUGACGAGUUGCAUACCCACCAAUUAACGGAGGGCAUGCCCACUACGCUUGCUGGAUUCAAGGACCAUCCCAUCUACGUGCUUGCCCGUCACCUAAGGCGGGAUCAGGUUAUUGAUCCACCCACGGAGCUCGGCAAGUUCAGAGGUGAACCUGUCUAUCCACGAUCGUCUGUUAUAUCCCUGAAAACGGCGGAGAACUGGAUGCGCCAAGGCAGGAUCAUUCGCCCCGGUUGUCAACCGAUGAAAUUGGUCAAGCAGCGUGCAGUGACGAUCAGUCGUCAGCGAGAAAUGGAGCUUGCCAUCGAACGUGCAAAGUCAGAGGGACACCCCACCGCCGAUGGAGAAAUUAUGCAAGGAUUGUAUGCGUUCUCUCAAACUGAAUUGUUUAAGCCCGACCCCGUUAAAGAUGGCGUAAUACCGAAGAACGAGUUUGGAAGGAUUGACCUGUACGUGCCAUCGAUGCUUCCGGAGGGAGCCGCCCACGUUCCCUUCAAGGGGGUGGCAAAGGUAGCCAAGAAACUCGGGUUUGACUACGCGGAGGUGGUGACAGGCUUCGAGUUCAAGAAGCGCCGAGCCUAUCCGGUCAUCGAAGGUAUCGUGGUGGCUGCCGAAAAUGAAAGCGUCAUUAUAGAGGCAUACCUGGAAGCGGAGCAAGACGCCGAGGAGCGGGCACGGGCAAAGCGGUUCGACCAAAUCUGCAAACGUUGGGUCCGGCUCAUACAAGGCCUCCGUAUUCGUGAUCGCUUGCAGAAACAAUAUGGCUCGAAUCCGGCGGAGGAUGGGCAUAGUAAGGAAGAGACCCGACGCGAGCACUGGCAAGACACCGAAAUUCCAAAUGCAAUUGAAGACGAGCCAGGAGGCUUCCUCACUACUGCGGACGAUGUCGUGCAGCCGUUUCAUUUGCCUAGCAACAUACAAUUUACUCUCUCAACCGCAACUGAACAAUCUGCUAUUGCUACUGCGAGGAGUGAAAUGUCAGAUCGCAGAACUCCUAUUGUAUCCGAGACGGUCUCGUUGUCUCCAGAAUCGGAAGCUCCAAACGGGGUGGAAGAUAUGGAUAUGGAUCCAGACAAUGACCCUGUGCGGCCUGCUGGACCCACUGGUGUGGUCCCGAAGACCAUGCGGGAGUUGGCGGAGCACCAUGCGCAACCUGAUAAGAGCAGCCGAAACGAGUCACCUGAACCUACAUCACAGAAUGAAUGGUCAAAUUUGGUUAGCACCGAGAAGUCGGGAGAACAAAGUGGCCGUCAAUUGCCCGCCAGUGGCAGCAAGGCGCCAAUCUCUAUCCCGAGUGCUAAACGGACACGGUCAUCACGCAAGAGGACACGAGCCAAGAGCCAAAGCGCUUCUGGCGAUGAGGCUAAUGUUACACCGCCGAAACGUAUGCGGGGGCCAGACCCGGGCACCGUAAGCCCUGGACCCACACGCGUUCUUCGACCACGUGUACCGAAGAGCGCAGCCAAGGUUCUAGAGGAGCGUAAGAUGGAAGAACCGUACAGAAGAGCGGUAAGAGACUAAUAGGUUAAGGUGAUGGAUGCCGUGCGACUAACUGGAGCUGUCUGGCCGAGACUUUACCCUAUACAUACAAC